AAAGACAAGCUAAUUCACACUACAUAAUGUGCAUUAUAUUGUGAAACAUACAUCAGCUACACAGCAAGCGGCUCGGCACUACCUGUUGUGAAAACUGAACGGCAUAAACAAGGGAAUGGAGGUCGGAAGGCUGAUCAACUACUCCCCGGAGCGGUAUCUAGAAAGUAUGAUGGCCUUAAGAACUGCGUAUGGUCGUGACCAGAGAGACAGAGAUCCCGCCUACUACCAGUACUUUGUAGCAAAGGUUCCAGACUCCGCCCUGUGUGAGCCGGGAACCGACCUGCGUGUGCUCGGGAUAGGGAGUGGAUCAGGGGAUGUCGACAGCGCCAUUCUUAAGAAGCUUCUACAGCGUCACAACAGUGUGUACAACAGGGUUGUGGAACCGUCGGGAGAAAUGAUUGAGCGAUACAAGACACGGGUGCGGGAAGACACGAGUCUCGGUGCUGUGAAUUUUGACUGGCGACAGCAGACAGCAGAAGAGUACGUCCAGACGAAGGACGACACAAAGUUCCACCUGAUCCAUGCUGUCCACGUUCUGUACCAUGUGGAAGAUCUUGACGCCACCUUGCGGAACAUGUGGGAACAGCUGGCAGAUGGUGGUUACAUGUUCAUCACCAUUAAGUCAGAUGCCUGUUAUGCAUUUGAAGGGAAGGAUGCUGGUGGAAAGCUGUAUUACAAGCUGUGGGAGAAGUUUGGCAAAGGUGACCGUUUGAAGACGUCGCUUCGCACGUCCGUUGACGUGGAACAGUGGCUGGACGCAAGGGGCAUCAGUUAUGACGUGACCUCGGAGGACGUAGCUGCAUUAAAUAUCGACAUCUCAGAGUGUUUCAAUGAAAAAUCGGAAGCGGGGAUGAAGAUUCUCGAUUUCUUGACACAAACACCUCACGUGUCCAACAUGCCAGAAAUAAGAGCAAUGACCUUAGAGCAUAUGCAGUGUAAUUCGUCUAUGGUUAAUGGUAAACGUCUUUACAAAGUCGAGAGCGAAGAUAUCGUAGCAUUCAAAAAAUGCGAAUAAAAGUAAAGACUUGUCUAUUGCUCAGAGCAUACGAAUUGCUCCUCAUAAUCAAACGUAGUACUU